AGCCAGAAGAAAGAAACUCUUGAUUUGCGUUGUUAAGAACCUGAAUGUUUGAUACCGUUAACGACGCGGGAAAUAUCGUUGGUACUUAAAAAUCUUGUCUGAAAAUUCUCCGUAAUCAUUUCCUCUUCUUUCUCCUUAACGCCACGUGUCAUUUCUUCCUUCAUCGUUCUUUUUCAUUCAUCUCUGGUUUCGAAUCAUUCAUUCACACUGUAACUGUAACUAAUAACUAACAAUAACAAUGCAAGAAGAAAAAGAACAUUCAUCAAUGGAUUCUCAAAAUCCAAACAACAAAAACUCUUUAUACCCACAAAUCAUAGAUUCCAACCCCGAAGCAUCCUCACCCUUCAUCUCUAACCCUAACACAACAACCUCUUCCUCUCUCUACCCUUCCAUCGAGGUCUCCGACCUCGUCGAAGAUCUCUUCCAUGAAAACACCGCCCCCUCCGCUCCACAGAUCGCCGCAGAAGAUAUCCUCAUCAAAAUCCCCGGCGCCAUUCUUCACCUUAUUGAUCAACAAUACAGCUUCGAACUUGCUAUCAGUGAUCUCACCAUCAUUCGUCUCCGGCAGGGGAAUAACACCGUAGCUGUUUACGCUCGUGUCGGCAAUGAGAUUCAAUGGCCGCUUGCUAAGGAUGAAGCUGCUGUGAAGGUUGAUGAGUCGCAUUACUUUUUCUGCUUUCGUGUACCGAAGGAGAAGAAUGAUUCCGAUUCUGAUUCAAGCGAUGAGGAAAAAGAAAAGAGUAAGUUAUCUUUCCGGCGGAAAGGUCGUCGGAAAGAAGAGGAUAAUUCGGAUUUGCUUAGCUACGGAUUAACGAUUGCGUCGAAAGGACAAGAGGAUUUGGUGAAGGAGCUUGAUGAAGUUUUGAAGGAAUGCAGCAAUUUCUCUGUUCAGGAGGUUUCAGAGAAGGCCAAGAAGAAAGGGGAAGCUUUAGAUGGUUCAUUGGCGAUGGAGAUAUCGCCCGCGGAUUUGGAUAAUGUGAAGGAGAAGAAGGAAUUGAUGGAGGAGAGAUGUGCUGCCUAUUGGACUACAUUGGCUCCUAAUGUGGAGGAUUAUAGUGGAACCGCGGCGAAGCUGAUCGCGGCCGGUUCUGGUCAAUUGGUUAAAGGGAUUUUGUGGUGUGGGGAUGUUACUGUUGAUAGGUUGAAAUGGGGUAAUGAGAUUAUGAAGAAGAAGAUGGGUCCUCCUACACAGGCUGAGAUUAAUCCACAAACCUUAAAGAGGAUUCAAAGGGCUAAGAAAGUGACUAAAAUGACAGAGAGUGUUGCCAAGGGGGUCCUCACUGGAGUUGUGAAGGUCUCUGGUUUUUUCACCAGUUCAGUGGCAAAUUCAAAAGCAGGAAAGAAAUUUUUCAAGUUUCUACCGGGCGAAGUUGUGCUCGCAUCAUUGGAUGGAUUCAGCAAACUGUGUGAUGCUGUUGAAGUAGCAGGAAAAAAUGUUAUGUCCACAUCAAACACGGUGACAACCGAGAUUGUUCAUCACAGAUAUGGAGAAGAAGCUGCCAACGCAACUAGCGAAGGACUAGACGCUGCUGGUCAUGCUGUAGGGACUGCAUGGGCUGCUUUUAAGAUUCGGCAGGCUUUGAAUCCCAAAAGUGCUCUAAAACCUACCGCCCUGACCAAAUCUGCAGCUAAAGCUGCUGCAGCUGAAUAUAAGGCUAAAAUGUCCAAGUAAUUUAAGGAAGGAGUUCUUCAAUUAAGGUCUAAUCAUCCUAACAUGCAAAACCACAGUUUUUCAUUACCCACGGUUUCUCUUAGACAGGUAGAAACAUUGUAUUUGUAUAUAUAAUUCUAAUUAUAUACAUUGUAGGUGGAAACAUUGAUGCAAUGAUAUGAUCAUUUCUCUUCACAGUACAUACAUAUGUAUCUAUGUCUAUGUAUGGCGGCUGUAUUUAUUGCUUAAGUGGCAAGAACUAUAGAAACUUCAAAUAUUGUUUUGAAUUUGACUUGUGACCUAAUUUUCACCUCUCUCCACCACUCUCAUAAUUUCAUUGU